GCAUCACUACCAACUGCGAAAAUAUUUGAUUUUCCAUUGAUACGAUAAAUGGCUGGGAAAAGCGAAGAAAAUAAGGAAGGAAGAAGAGGAAGGGCGUGUGUGGUGGUUUUGGGCGACAUUGGACGCAGCCCUCGAAUGCAGUAUCACGCUCUUUCACUCGCCAAACAGGCUUCCCUGAAGGUAGACAUUGUUGCAUAUGGAGGUUCGGAGCCCCAUGCUGCACUUCGUGACAACCCAUCUAUUGAUUUUUACAUAAUGCAAUGGCCAACAGCCCGGCAAAGCUUACCGAAGAUACUUCAACCCAUAAUGCUUUUGUUGAAGCCCUUGGUUCAAUUUUUCAUGCUUCUUUGGUUCCUUUGUGUAAAAAUAAGUUCUCCUGAUAUUUUUAUUGUCCAGAAUCCUCCUUCUGUUCCAACCCUGGUGGCAGUAAAAUGGGCUAGCUGGUUGAGGAAUUCAUCAUUUGUCAUAGAUUGGCAUAACUUUGGAUAUACUCUACUUGGACUGUCCCUGGGAAGAAAUAGUCAUUUUGUCUCUUUAUAUAAAUGGUUUGAGAAGCAUUAUGGAAAAAUGGCAGAUGCUUCUCUAUGUGUAACAAGAGCAAUGCAGCAUGAAUUGGCUCAAAACUGGGGAAUUAAGUAAGAGAGUCAGCUAAAGGUUCAAAUAUAUUGUUUCUAAGAGACUGCGUUAUCAUUGGCAUAUUACUUUUUAAUGUGUUUGCUUCUUAAAGGAAAUCCAUUGAUGGGUAGUCAUCCCCAAAAUGAGACUGUGUUUACAACGGAGGUUGGUUCAAACAUAUAUUUGAAGCCAAACAGGCCGGCACUUGUUGUAAGCAGUACGAGCUGGACUCCCGAUGAAGAUUUUGGCAUUCUCUUGGAAGCUGCUGUAAUGUAUGACAGACGUGUUGCUGCUAUAUUAGGUGAAGAUGAUUCAUUAGACGAGGAGGUCAUCUGGAAAGAAAUAUCCGAUGGAAAACAAUGUUUAUAUCCCAGAUUGUUAUUCAUCAUUACUGGUAAAGGUCCUGAAAAAGAAAAGUACGAGGCAAAAAUAAAGAGAUUGAAACUUAAACGUGUGGCAUUUCGUACCAUGUGGCUAUCUGCUGAAGAUUAUCCAUUAUUGCUAGGAUCGGCUGAUCUAGGAGUUUGUUUGCAUACUUCAUCAUCGGGAUUAGACCUUCCCAUGAAGGUUGUUGAUAUGUUUGGAUGUGGACUGCCUGUUUGUGCCGUUUCAUACUCUUGCAUUAAAGAACUAGUUAGAGUUGACAAAAUUGGUCUUCUCUUCUCUACAUCUUCAGAGCUAGCCGAUGAACUUCUGAUGCUCCUCAAGGGAUUUCCUGAUGAAUGUGAUGCUUUGAAGGUCCUCAAAUAUGGUGCAUUAGAAACUGGUUCUUCUGCAAGGUGGGCUACUGAAUGGGAAGAACAUGCAAAGCCACUGAUAACUGAGGUUAUAUCAAGAUUUUGAUUUUCUAUUGAUUCUCAGAAGACGUCUUUAACUGCUCUAACAGCAAAUUGGACUGAUCUGUUGAUCUGAUCCAGUAGGAGGUUGACUAGCACCAUAUGCUGAUUGCAUGCACAUUUCAUGAUGUUUGGCAAUUUCCAAGUAGGAGCUAUCUUCUACAAAAUUAGAUAUGCAGCAGGGUCUCCAACAUCUGUCUAUUUUUGAGGUUCUGCGAAUGAAGUUGUAAAUAUAUUUUCUCUGAAAAAAUUGGUCUUGGUGAUUUAGAAUUUCAUUUUCUUUGAGUAUGCCUUGAUUCUCUGGUCCAUAUAU